UAAUGCGACUUUUUGAAUGCCAGCCAUCAUCAAAUCCAUCCAACGAAGAAGAAAGAGGAGGAAGUAGCGUGCUGCUGUUGUGUUGGGUUGAGCAUCUCCGUUUCUCAGCUAAGCGUUUCUCAAGUUCAGUGAUAAGCCAUGACAACAGACUCCUCCCUCCUCAACUCUGAGCUGGAGUUACAGCAGCAAGAGGAGCUGUAUCAACAGCUGCUUUUACAGACAAUGGGACAGAUGCAGACUGAAAACCCAGACUCCAAAGUUAUUCGGCCACUUCCUGGCAUAUGUGUCAAGACUGUCUCCGAGGCAGACAAAAGGAAGGUCUUUGUUAACAUCUGUCAGUCACAUUCAGUCCCACAGCCUCCAGAGCUUUCCAGAGAGGAGCUUGUAGAGCUGCUUCAAUCAGAAGAUCCCAGUGGCUUCAGAGUUCCCAUGAGUCUAGGCGAGCCACACACAGAAGUAGACAACAGUUCUCAGGGUUGCACAGCAUAUGAUGUAGUCGUCAACCAGGAGUUCUUCCAGAAGUGCCAGAAGGAUCCCCUCUUUCAGCAGUUUGUAAUUCUAGUAUCUUUGGAGGGUUUGGAGAACAAAUACAGUCUGGAACUAAGUAGAGACUGGAAGGUGCUCAAAAACAGAAAGUUUUUGGGUUCUGUCAGCGAGCAGAACAUCCGGACGAAAAGCAGGCCAGUGAUUCAGGAGCUGCAGCCUCAGGAGAGCGUCACUGCUACAGCUAGAAGACCUGAGUUCACUUUGCUUGUGGAGCCCCCUGUUGGUGAUCCAGAGUACCUCAUCGCAGAGAUCAAGCUCCCUGGGGUGCUCUCUUCUCGCUCUCUGGUUCUGGAUGUCGGCGAGGAUCGACUGGUGUUGUCAGCUCGGCCAUCACUAUUUUAUCUCGACAUCUUCCACCCAUUCCUAAUCAACCAGGAAAAAAGUGUGGCACAGUACAACAUCAGAACUCAGAUCCUUACAGUCACUAUGCCUGUGGUGUCUUCAUAAAAUUACUAAAGUAAUGUUCUGUUGUUUUUGUCUUGUUCAAACACAGUGUACCAAUAAUAAAAAUAUAUUUAUAAA